UUGACCUCCGUGCCCCCUGUGUUUGGCCUCUACACGUCUUUCUUUCCCAUCCUCAUCUACACCUUGUUGGGUACUGGAAGACACCUGUCCACAGCUGGGGAUGUUCGCGCUGCAGCUCGGCGUCCUGUCCACCUUCCUGUCCGAGCCCGUGGUUAAAGCGCUGACCAGCGGGGCCGCGCUGCAUGUGCUUGUGUCCCAACUGCCGAGCCUUUUGGGGUUGCGCCUCCCGCGCCAGAUCGGCUGCUUCGCUCUCUUCAAGACGCUGGCCGCUGUGCUGACCGCACUGCCUCAGAGCAGUCCGGCCGAACUGACCAUCUCCGCACUCAGCCUGGCGCUGCUCGUGCCGGUCAAGGAACUGAACGUGAGAUUCCGAGACAGGCUCCCCACCCCGAUCCCAGGGGAGAUCGUCAUGGUGCUCCUGGCCUCUGUGCUCUGCUUCACCUCUUCCCUGGACACGAGAUACAAUGUCCAGAUAGUGGGGCUGCUGCCUGGAGGAUUUCCCCAGCCGCUCCUCCCCAACCUGGCUGAGCUGCCUAGGAUUCUGGAUGACGCACUGCCCAUCGCGCUGGUUGCUUUUGCCGUGUCCGCCUCCCUGGCCUCCAUCUAUGCAGACAAGUAUAGCUACACGAUUGACUCCAACCAGGAACUCUUGGCUCAUGGUGCCUCCAACCUCAUCUCCUCGCUGUUCUCUUGCUUUCCCAACUCGGCCACACUGGCCACCACCAGCCUACUAGUGGAUGCUGGUGGAAACACCCAGCUGGCAGGCCUCUUCUCCUGCAUAGUUGUCCUGUCAGUGCUGCUGUGGCUCGGACCCUUCUUCUACUAUCUGCCCAAGGCUGUCCUGGCCUGCAUCAACAUCUCCAGCAUGCGCCAGAUGUUCUUCCAGAUGCAGGAACUCCCACAACUAUGGCGCGUCAGCCGCAUGGACUUUGCGGUGUGGAUGGUCACAUGGGUGUCUGUGGUGACCCUGAGCGUGGACCUGGGCCUGGCCGUAGGUGUGGUCUUCUCCAUGAUGACUGUGGUCUGCCGUACCCAGAGGGUGCAGUGUGUGGCACUUGGACUAGCUGAGGGGACGGAGCUCUACAGGCCACUUCAAGAGAGCCACAAGCUCCUCCAGGUCCCAGGGCUCUGCAUCCUGAGCUACCCAACACCUCUCUACUUUGGAACCCGUGGGCAGUUUCGCCAUAACCUAGAGCGGCACCUGGGGCUUGGCAGAGGCAAGGAGACUCCAAAGGUAGAUGGCCCACCUGAUGCCGUGGCUGAGCCUGUCAGAGUGGUGGUCCUAGAUUGCAGUGGUGUCGCCUUCGCAGAUGCUGCUGGGGCCAGAGAAGUGGUACAGCUGGCCAGCAGAUGCCAAGAUGCUGGGAUCCACCUUCUCCUGGCUCAGUGUAAUGCCUCAGUGCUCAGGACACUGACCCAGGCAGGACUCCUAGACAGAGUGACCCCUGAGCAGCUGUUUGUGAGUGUCCAGGAUGCAGCUGCGCAUGCCCUGGAGAGACUGGUGAGGGGACAGCGGCCACGGGGUGGAAGCCAGGGGGUGCUGGGCUGUAGCCAGGGAGGUGCGAGGCAGUGGCUGAAGAUCCAGGCAGAGGGAGUUAAGAAGGGGGCUGAGGAGGAAGAUGAAGGAAGGGAUGGGGAUGAAAUGAUUAGUUAAUUUAUCAAGACUAAGCCAGGGAACCCUGGCCGAGUGGCUCAGUUGGUUGGAACAUCUUCCUAUAUAUCAAUAAUAACAACAACAACAAUAAUAAUAAAUUUUCAGGUUUGAUUUCUGUUCAGAGCACAUACCUAUGUCGUGGGUCCAGUCCCCAGUCAGGGCGCAUAGAGGAGGCAUCAGAUGGAUGUUUCUCUUUCACAUCGGUGUCUAUCUCUU